GUCUCACCUCCCUCUUCUCAUUGGCUGUCAGACAGAGGGAACCAAACAUGGCCACACGCUGGAAAACGAGCUCCUGAAGAAUCAAAACAACCGUAAACUUCCCGUUUUUCUGGUGUUUUUUCCCCGCAGGAGAAGAUGUCAGCUUUCAGCAGCGAGCUAAUCGAUUAUCUGGAAGGUCGAAUAACUUUUGAAGAGUUCGACAGAAGGAGAGACGAGAGGAAAGCUGAGGAAUCCGAACGAGCUGAAGAUGUUGAAGAAGACGUUCAGCCGUGUUCGUCUGCGCAGACGCUGGUGAAGCCCGAGGACGAGGUCAGCCCUGGAGUCCAGCAGGCGUUCGCUUCCAUCCUGGGAGACUCUGUGGAGCCGCCGUCAUCGGAGGAAGAAGAAGAGGACACCUUGAGCUACGUGGAUGAUGAAGAUGACAAGGAUUUUGUAGUAGAAGAGAAAAGCAGUGAGGCAAAGAGCAGGAAGGCGAGAAAGAAGCGUGGGCGAGGGAAAGAACGAGCAAGGCGGAGACAAAAACCAGACAAGGAGGAGGAGGAGCAGGAGGAGGAAGAGGAGGACGUGACGGUCGGAGAUGUUUUUGCUCUGGAGAUGGAGUUGAAUCGGGAAAGCAAGAAGCACAUCAGGGGGCGUCGUCACGGCAGCAAGCUUCCUACGGCUUUGCGGGGUCUCAUGGGAGAAGCCAACAUCCGCUACGCGCGAGGAGAGAAAGACACCGCCGUCCUGAUGUGCAUGGAAAUCAUCCGACAGGCUCCUCUGGCCUACGAGCCGUUUUCCACGCUGGCCAUGAUCUACGAAGACGAGGGAAACGGCGACAAAGCUCUGCAGUUCUCUCUGAUCGCCGCUCACCUGAACCCGUCCGACUGCGAGGAGUGGAUCCGGUUGGCCGAAAUCUCUCUGGAACAGAACAACGUCCGCCAGGCCAUCCUCUGCUACAGCAAAGCCAUCAAGUACGACCCCACCAACGUGCGCUACCUGUGGGAGCGCUCCAGCCUCCACAUGCGCCUGGGAGAGCACAAACAGUGCAUGGACGGCUACCGGAAGAUCCUGUUGCUGCUUCCUCUGGAGGACGGGGAGCAGUUCAUGCAGCUGUCCAAGGACAUGGCCAGGAGUUACUAUGAAAGCAAUGACCUUCCUGCGGCCCUGGGCGUCAUCGAGGAGGCUCUGUCGCGACACCCCGGUCUGGUCGGGGACGACUUCGUCAACAUGGCGGCUGAGCUUUACAUCUCCAGCCGGAAGCACAGCAAAGCCUUGCAGGUUCUGGUCAAGUUUACUGACGUGGUUCUGGUGAGGGACAGCGCCACGUCUGAAGGACCGUCUCAGGGGGAGGAGGCCGGCGAGAAGAAGGUGACGAGCGAGGACGGAGCGGCGUUGAAUCCCGCUGAAGAAGAGACUGCUGGGAGUUACAGUGACAUCAAAGCCGUUCGGAUUGCAGACAGCGUCCCGGUGGACCUCCGAGCCAAGCUGCUGGUCUGCCUCAUCAACCUGCAAGUCUUCACCCCUCUGGAGCCGCUGGUGUCGGCGCUGAUGGAGCAGAGUCCGGAGGAGAUCGGCGACCUGUACCUGGACGUGGGGGAGGCGUACCUGGAGCAGGGUCGCUACGCGUCUGCGCAGCCGCUGCUGUCUGCCCUCAUCGUUUCUGAAAAAUACAACUUGGCUGUUGUCUGGCUGCGACAUGCAGAGUGCCUGAAGGCUCUGGGCAACAUGCAGGCGGCGGCGGACAGCUACAGCAAGGUGGUGGAGAUGGCGCCGCAGCACCUGGAGGCCCGGCUGUGCCUGGCGACGCUGCAGCAGCAGCUGGGUCACAUGGACGGCGCCCUGAAAGCCCUGGAGUCCAUGUACGACAGCGAGACGCUGGCACAGGACUCGAACGCGGCACAGAAGGAGUUGAAGCUUUUGCUGCAUCGCUCCACUCUCCUGAAGACCCAAGGACAGCUGCACGACUACCUGGAUGCCGUCAUCUCCAUGAUCUCCAUGCUGCUCAAGGUGGCCAUGCAGCGGGCGAAGGUGUGUGUGCGUGCGGCUCCUCUGGCGGGAGGGACUCACCUGAGGCUGCAGAAGGUGGAGGAGCUGCUGCCGGAGAUUUCUGACCACGAAACGGCGUAUUCCGACAACACCUGUAAAACCAGCGUGCUGUCCCGAGAGGACUGGUGGCAGCUGCUGGUGAGCUGCAUCCUCACCCUGUGCCAGCUGCAGCGCUGCGGCGAGGCCGAGCUCCUGGUGGAGUCGGCCAUGGAGUUCUACUCCUUCUACGACAACAAGCCCCGGCGGAGGGAGCUGGAGUUCUUCGGACUGUCGGCCACCGUCCUCAACCACGACCACAUCAAGGCCUACAACUACAUCAGGCUGAUGCUGAUCGAGAACGUGAACCUCCCUCAGCUGUGGAACCUCUUCAACCAGCUGAUAAUCACCUCGAAGCACCAGCGCCACCACCGCUUCUCCCUGCGCAUGCUGCUGAAGUAUCCCGACAAUCACGCCUUGUGCGUGCUGUGUGGACACAACGCCCUGGUGUCCGGCAGCUUCAAGCACGCUCUGGGUCAGUACGUGCAGGCCUUCCAGACCCACCCCGACAACCCGCUCUACAGCCUCUGCGUGGGGCUCACCUUCGUCCACAUGGCGACUCAGAAGUUCGUGGCCAAGCGCCACGCUCUGGUGCUGCAGGGCUUCUCCUUCCUGUGGCGCUACGUGGAGCUGCGAGGAGAGUGUCAGGAGAGCAUGUACAACCUGGGCCGCGCGCUGCACCAGAUGGGCCUCACGCACCUCGCCAUCCAUUAUUACCAGAAGGCUCUGGAGCUUCCUGCAACGAAACUCAGCGGCAUCGCAGACGAUCAGGUGGAUCUGCGGCGGGAAAUCGCCUUCAACCUGGCGCUCAUCUACCAGGCCAGCGGGAACAUGACCGUGGCUCGCCGCCUCAUCUACACGCACUGCAUUGUGUAGAUGAGGCGGCGGUAAACGCCGCAGCUCCUCAAGUGUCUACAAAUCUGGACUUUAUUUUUUUACUGAAGUUAAAUUAUUGCAGACUGCUUUAGUCCAUCUAAACAUGUUGAUUUUGUCGGGUUAAGUAUUACACACCUGUUGGACGGGACUCCAGGUGGACAUUUGUACGUAGAACCAGCUGCUUUUAUGUCUUGUUCUGGUUUAUUUUGGUAGUUGAGGUUCACUUUAUGCCAACUAGAUAUACAUUUGAAUAAACCCAUUUUGCAUUUAAA